AGCUUCUGCGUUGAAACUCAUUCCGGUGAGUGAAGUAAACCAGCAAACAUCGUUUCUUUGCCUCGUAUCUGUGUGUGUUGUGCUAGUAUUCGAUUUUGAGAAUGUCUGGCUGUGGCAGUGGUAGCUGUAGUUGUGGAAGCAGCUGCAAGUGCGGCAGCGGCUGCAACUGCAAUAAGUACUCUGCAGACUUGAGCUAUGUUGAGAAGACAACCACAGAAACUCUAGUUUUGGGUGUUGGUCCAGUGAAGAACCAAUUCGAGGGUGCUGAAAUGGGUGUUGAGGCUGAGAACGGUGGAUGUAAGUGUGGAUCAGACUGCAAAUGCGACCCAUGCAACUGCAAGUGAGGUGCAGAUGAAAGCUUGAAGCAGAGAUUGCAGCAAUAUAUGUAUCAUCAGUGCACACUUAAUAAUAAGGAGUGUAUGUUUGUGUGUUUGGUUUAAGAAUAUAAAGUCGCCAUGGCUCACCUUCAUCAAAUUCAAAUGUUCUAGGAUUUGUUGCGGGUGUCUUAAGCUAUGGUUGCUUUGCGUUUGGUUUGGGUUGUAUUAAUAUAUGUAAUUUGAAUUCCCAAUCUCUGCUUGUACCGGAAUACUAUUUAUAUGAAUAAAAAAGGUUUCUUAAUA